AUGCAAACAUUACAGUCACCAUUAGCCGUGUACGGCGAUGGGCAUUUGUUAAUGGAUACUGUGACUGCGCUCUUCAUAAAACCGAUACUUCAACGUGCGACGUACAAAUACGGCCUCCUGACGAUCCAGGGGGUGUCCACGUGUUUAUAUCUGUGUAUGGACGCAUGCGGGUUCCAUUACGCUAAUAAGGAUCUUUCGGACGACUGCGUGUUCGAGGAGCACAUAGAGGAGAAUAACUACAACACUUACUCGAGGGUGCGAGGCUUGAAGAAGACCUAUCUGGCGUUGGACAAUAGGGGGCGCUCGCGACGCACCCAGAUCCCUUUGAGCAGGCCUCUGGGGAACCUGUCCGGGUAUGCGCUCACUAUGACCAGUCAGUGGGAAGGAGCCAAACACAGCCAGUGCCCGCCGCGCCGGCACCGCGGGAAACUGAAGCGACCGCCGCCCUUCCACAGGAACUGCCAGCGGCGCGUCCAGAAACAGAACCUCAGGAAGAGGAAGCACAAGAAAGCGAACGAUCCGAAGAAGAAGCAGCGUCACCCGAAGGCGCGGAGAAAACACGAGGGCACCACGAGCACCACGACCGAGGUCUGGGACGAGUCUACUAUGUCGACCAUGUCCACUACUGACGGGGAGUUUUUUCGUUCGGCGACCGCUCAGGAGGCGGGCGGCCGCUGA